AUGGAUUCACAAAUCAAGCAUGCAGUGGUGGUUAAAGUGAUGGGUAGGACUGGUUCAAGAGGGCAGGUGACACAAGUGAGAGUGAAGUUUUUGGAUGACCAGAAUCGAUUUAUCAUGAGAAACGUCAAGGGACCAGUGAGAGAGGGUGAUGUUCUUACUUUGCUCGAGUCUGAGAGGGAGGCCAGGAGGCUCCGUUGA